UUAAAUUUGACAUCUACAACAGUGGUUAAAAAUUAUGAAUAAAAUUUUAUUAACAAUUUUAUUCGUUUUAAUAUAUUUCUGCGAUGCCUCAGAUGUUUGUUACCAGAAAGGCGGCAAUUGCCUCGACGAUAACAAAAGGUACUUAUUCUACGAGGUAAAUAGACCCGAGGGGUUUAAUUUGAGACGAGACGUUUAUUUGCGCUUUGCCAUGUUGGCACGCAAGAUGAAGGAAUCGAACGAUGAGAAAUUGAAUAAUAUCCAAUUGGUCCUUCCGCCUUGGUCGAACUUGGUCCAUUGGAAAUACACGGACAAGCCGGAACACAUUCCGUGGGGUUACUACUUCGAUGUGGACAGUUUGAAGAAAUUCGCCCCUGUCGUAGAAAUGUACGAAUUCUUUGCGAAUUACCCGAAUAAAUACUCCAAAGUCGAGAUAGAAGAAGUGUAUACAUUGCAACAUUUCGAAGAUAUGUUCGAAACGGGCAAUUUCCAAGACAAAAUGCAACUCGAUAACUGCAAUAAAGACUACCAUUACUCGUAUUUUUCCUACAAAAAUGUCACAUCGAAGAAUACGAGGUGCUUGUCGUACCACGGACCGGCCACGAAAUUGAGCGAAAUCUUCUCGAACAGUUCCGCAAAGACUAUUUUAAUCGAUCACGCCGAAGUGGCCCUUCACGAUUACUUCGGCAGCCCGCUCUACUGGCAAGCCAGGCGGAGCAUGAGAUUCAACAAAGAUCUCAAAAGCAUAGCUGAUGAGUUUAGAAGAAAAUUCCUUCACUCGUCCGAUGAUAAAGACGGUACUCGCCUUCCUGAUGAUUGGACUGAUGAAACAGCUAAACGGAGCGCUGUAGGUGGACCUUACGUUGGAAUACACUUGAGAAGGAAGGAUUUCGUGAGAAAUAGAGCCGAAGAAGUGCCUACUUUGAUGAGCGUGUCAGAGCAAGUGAAAACUGUGCUGUUACAAUUAAAUUUAAAUACAGUUUUUGUAGCUACAGACGGUACAAAUGAAGAGUACAAAACGUUGGUAAAUUUAUUAGAUGGAUUUGAAGUAUUGAGGUAUACGCCGGACUCGAAUACUAAAGAGAAGUAUGGAGAUGGUGGAGUAGCUAUUAUCGAUCAGAUAAUUUGCUCGUAUGCGAGAUAUUUUAUUGGUACUUAUGAAAGUACGUUUACUUUUAGAAUACAGGAGGAACGGGAAAUUAUCGGUUUUAAAACUGAGACGACCUUUAACGUGUUUUGCGGUAGGAAAGAUUGCCCUAAACCCUCCGUUUGGGAAAUAGUUUAUUGAUCAAUUUAAUUGAUCGAUUGUGAAUUUGAUUAGGUUUCAUUUUAGAAGCGAUUAGUACAUUAAUUCGUAAUGCAGAGUAAAUUUAUAUUAAUUGAAAAAAUGCAUUUACUUGGGUAAUAAACUUAGUGUGUGUGUGUUAAAUGAAAGGAUUCUGUAAUCGAUAGAAAUAAAUCAUUUAUUAACUGUUAAAAAAAUGACAUUAAACAUAUAUUUAUACAUUUUUUUCCAUAUAAAAUUUACAGUAUGUAAGAAACAGCAUUAUACAACAAAAUUUUGUUAUCUUCUAAAAAGAUCUAUUUUUUUGUUAUGUACAAAUUUAUACUAAAACGCUACGAUCUUCGGGGUAUUUUCCAUUUACAAAAUACUCGAGUAAUUGCGCAUUCUUCACUACAACAUUGUAAUGUAAUCGUAAAGAAUAAAACAUUCACUUUAGUUUUUUUUAAUUAUCGAUAAUAAUUCAUUCUACAAUUUUUUUAUAUAAAUAAUACAUUUUUCGUUGCGACUUAGGCCACACAGGUAGGCUUUUGAAACCACACUAGGGAAUAUUUGAUACAUAGGGCGAUUUUGUAUAGAUAAAAUUUAAAAAACACGUUAAUCUAACAUCCAUAUGAAACAUUGAUUGAUCAUUCAGUAUUAGAAAUUAGCAGGAUUUAUUGUAUUGUUCAAUAGCAAAGUGUAAUAUGAUAAAUGUAGAUGAAUAAAAGAGUGAGUCUGAUGAUCGGAAGACCGAAAGGAAGACGCAAUAACAAUGAAAUCCAGAUGAGAUACAAAUUAAUUUUUUUACCUAUUUAGGUACUUUUAUACUAGAAUUUAUUCGUGUACAAAUUCAAUGGAAUUUCAUUCAAAAAAUGCGUACUAUGGUAGUAAAUUUACUCACUCAUUCUUUGUUGUAUAACAUUAAAAGGGCGGGAAUUAUGUAAUACUUGAAGGGAAUUUGUAAGUCUUUCGCCGGUAAUCAUAAAUUCAUUGUAGUUUUAAAUUCCGGGUAGUUUUCGCGUUUCUGUACAUACGUAAAAGCUUUAUUACAGCAACGUCUAAAUAUCUACAUUGUUCUAUUCAGUCAGAAGUUGGAUAGGUGUAGAAAAACAUUUUUUUCAAAUGUCUAUUAGGAUAGUUUUUUCUAUAAAUAAAUAAAUAAAUAUCUAUUGGCAUUUGUGCUACACUUAGAUCAUUCUUUCAUCACAAUUUCUAUAUGAAAUAUUUAAUUGACCCGUUUAUUACAGGAAUUUUUAAAUACUUUUAAAUUUUAGUCAGCAGUGGGUAAAAUCUAAAGAGAAAUUGUGAUAAAUAAUCGUGGAAAAACUAUUGUCGUUUGUUCAUUUAUGAUAUUUUUUACUCAUAAUUUCGACGAUUUAGACACUUUUCAAUCUAUGAUAGGAUUGAAUGAUAAUGGCCCAAUCUCUUUAACGUAAACAAAGUCCAUGGUUACUCCAUAACAACAAUGUAAAACUGUCAUUUGAAAGAAUCUCCUUAGUUACACCAUAACAACAAUGUAAAACUGUCAAUUGAAAAAAUCUCUAUAGUUACUUCAUAACAACAAUGGGAAUCGUCUCAACUCGACCUGCACAUGCACAAACGACAAUAAUCGCAAUUCGUCCGGUACAUAUCACAAAACAACUUCGUAUAAUUUUCGACUAGCGGAGUACGCGGGGGGGGGGCGCUUAGACGCAACUUUCUGGCCCCGGGAUCGAAUCGGCUAUGAUGUGGUCUCUUCGCGUCGUGAAGUUCGUAUAAGUGCCGUCCCGGAGCCUCCUGCUCAGGCUGUCGCUCGACGAACUCGG